AUGGGGAAGCUCAGCUUUGGCAGGGUUUUGGAUUGUCUUUUUCUUCCUUCUGGCUCAACCUCUUGUCUCUGCAUAAGUAACUAUGACAGAGAAGAUGAGUCAGAGAGAAAACCUCUGGUUUCAUCUGAAGGUGGUGGUUUAAUGAGACUGAAAGAUGCCAUUGCUGGACCCCAGACUCUGGCUUUCCAAUUGAAACCUAAGAUGGUGGUGCUGAGGGUAUCCAUGCAUUGCAAUGGUUGUGCAAGAAAAGUUGAAAAACAUAUCUCAAAGAUUGAAGGAGUGACUUCCUACCAAAUAGACCUGGAAACCAAGAUGGUGGUGGUUAUUGGAGACAUUACUCCUUUUGAAGUCUUGGACAGUGUUUCCAAAGUAAAAAAUGCAGAGCUUUGGACUAAUCCCUCCUCAUGA